AGAACGUCAGUAUAUUAUGACGUCACAUGGUAUAAACUGUACACCCGCGCGCUCUGAAGAUCACUUCAGUUCAGUGAGACUCCGAGCAGAAGCGAAGACGUUCACCUGAGCAGAGCCUCGAAGUCUAUCAAGACGGACAGUUGACAAAAAUUCAGCAAGUUUGACAGCGACACAGUCAACACGCGUUUCUCCUGCGUUAGAGUCAGUGGAGUUCUACUUCAGCAGCUCAGUGUCAGCAGAUGUUCAGCUGAUGAUGAAUGACUCUCCACAGACAGCUGGAGGAAAAAGCUCUUCAGAACAACAGGCUUCUCCCACGGCAGCCGCUAUGGAGAACCGCCCAACAGAAAAACAAACCAUAAAGAGGAAGACAAAAGGCAUCCAUGCAUUCUUCCGGCGAAUUGGGAAGGCUUUAAAGCUUUGCACCCUACACUGCUACGGGGACGGUAUAUUGUCCCCAUUUCCAUCCGAUGAUCCAGCAGAUCUCCAGCCAGGUUUAUCUGGCCUUGAAUGGGCGUUAUCAAUCGAUCCAUGUCCAUCUGGUUUAGAGCUGACAGUUAACACCAAUCCGGCUGAUCCUGAUGGGUCAUUGGUCUCAGAACCAUCCAGUCUUGAGGUGAUAUCUGACAGUGAUCAGGCUGAUCCAGAGCCAUCACCUGUCCCAGGUCCAUCCAGCCUCGAUUUAAAGUUAACACUGGAUCCAGGUCUAUCCAAACUGGUUUCUGAGACAAUGAAUGUCCCAGGACUAUCUAGUCUUGAUGUAACACCUGAACCAAGUCUAACCAGUAUUGAGAUGAAACCGGACAUGGAUCUAACCGAGCCCAAGCCAUCAUCUGUCCCAGGUCCAUCUGGUUUUGAGGCAGCUGUUGAACAACAAUCAACAAAGAGGAAGAAGAAAGGCAUCUGUGCAUUCUUCCGCCGAACAUGGAGGGUUGUUAAGUGUGCUGCUCUCUGUGGCCAAAGGGGCAACAAAGUGGCUCCAGAUCCAUUUGCCAUUGACCCAGUGGCUCAACAGGAUAAUUCAGAUCUCCAGCCAGAUUUAUUCAGCCUUGAGUGGCUGACACUUAAUGCUGAGCCAACAUAUCUGGAGCCAUCACCUGUCCCAGGCCCAUCCAAACUGAAUAAUGAGCCAAUGCCUGCCCCACAUCAGUCUGGUUAUGAGCCACCUGUUGGACCAUCCAGUCAGGAGAUAAUGCCAGUCUAUGGGUCUGACAUGGGUCUGGAUGUUCCUGAGCUAAAACCCAUUCCAGGUUCCAGUCUCGUUCUGACAGCUGCUGUGGAUCUGAUUGAUCCCGAGCCGUCAUCUGCCUCUGGUUCAUGCAGCUGCAGGCGGACACCUGACACUGAUCUGGACAAUUCUAAACAAAAACAUGUCCCAGUCCUAUCUGAUUUUUGGCCAACUGCAGCAAAAUUUUCCUCCCGUUAUGAUGUGGGACGGAAGUUGGGACAGGGAGGUUUUGGCUCUGUGUAUAAGGGGACUCACAGAUUUAGUGGACGGAAGGUUGCUAUCAAAUUUCUACCUAAGAAUCUCUGGAACAGCUUAAUUAAUGUGCCUGGAUCUACAGAACCUCUGCUGUCAGAAGUGGUUAUAAAUGUGAUGGUGUGCGCACCUCCGAAAAGCCCCUACAUUGUACAAAUGAUCGAGUGGUUUGAUCAGCCACAUCAGUUCGUCAUAGUUAUGGAAUAUCCACAUCCAUGUCAGACCUUGCUGGAAUUUACCAUGUGCCAUGGAUGUUGUCUGGAUGAAUCUGUGGCACGUGGUUUAAUGCGGCAAGCGGUGCUUGCAGCCAAACACUGCAUUGAACGGGGCAUCUUACACAAUGACAUCAAGACGGACAACAUGCUGGUCAACACAGAGACACUGCAGCUCAAACUAAUAGACUUCAGCUGUAGCAAACGUAUUAACAUGUCUUGCUCUGAAGAUCAUCAACAGGCGGUUGGAUCAACAGUCUGGUCUUUGGCUAUGGUACUUAUGGAGAUAGUAAACGGAGACCAGCCCAUGAGUGUUUUGCAGAAAGCACGUCAUCCUUUGAUACCAAAUUUCUCCAGUGCUCCCUCUUUAAUCAUGGGAAAUUUGAAGUACAUGCGUUUCUCCAGUCCGAAGAUAUCGGUGAAAGUUUUUUUCCAAGCGACCCUGAAAGUGUAGUCAAUUUCAUUGCCAGUCAGCUGGAGGGACCGGGACGUCUGCAUGGCUACCGAAUGAUGCGUGAAAGAUGCCGUUUGAAUGGUUUGCGACUGACCACAGCAAUGGUUAGAGAGAUACAGAUAAGUCUGGAUCCAUCAGGUGUGGAGGAAAGAAGCGGGAGGAGGUUGCGUAGGGCGACAUUAUGGAGUGCCAGGACCUAACUAUCUAUGGCACAUGGACUCUUACGACAAACUGAAGCCGUAUGGCAUAGCAGUUAACGGCUGCAUUGAUGGUUUUUCGCGGCACAUCAUCUGGAUGCAAGCCUACUUCAAAAAUAACAAUCCUAGAGUAAUUGCUGGGUAUUAUUUCCGCGCUGUUGCUGAAAGAAGGGGUUGCCCUAAAAUAAUCCGAUCCGAUUUUGGUACCGAAAAUGUCCACGUCAACAGGCUACAAGAGUUUCUUCGUGAAGACUCGACUGGAACUGUGCAUGGGCCGUGUGUCUUUCAAGGAACAAGCCAAGCAGACCAGAGAAUAGAAAGUUGGUGGGGUAUCUACAGACGACAAAACGCAGAUUACUGGAUUGAUAUGUUCAAAGAACUACAGUCAGCUGGUGAUUUCACAGGCGAUGCAACUGACAAAGGCCUUAUACAGUUCUGUUUUCUAUCCAUAAUUCAGGUAACUGCAUGUUCUUUACUCUGCUAUAAAAUUAUCUUAUUUGUUUAACACUUAUUAAAAAACAUUAAACGCGGCGUUUCUCUUUUGGUAUGUUUACUCAUGUUUGCUUAACUCCAUUAGGCAAAUGUAGCCAAACUGUCCAAUCACCCUUUCUUAUUAUUAGACUUGUAAUCUGUUUGUAUAAUUUAGUUCACAUCUGCUUGUCCAUAUAAAAAAUUUUGAGGAAAAAUGCUAAAAUGCUCUUGCCUAUAGGACCUGGUCCAUGUAUUUUGGUCAUUUGAUUUUCUAUUUAAAAAUAAAUAAAGAUAAAUGAGAAAUGGUUUGAUUUUCGUUUUUUCGUUUUGUUUAAGAAACGGAAAACGAAAAAUGUAGCUGGAUUUUUCGUAUUUUUGUUUGUGGGUAAAAAAUGAGAUUAUGCUUUAAUAUUUGUUUGAAUGUGUGGGCGGCGCUGAAACGCCCCUUUCAUCCCUUCUGCAGAACUGUACUGCACCAACAAGUGGCAACCGCAAGCUCAAUUCAUUUUCACCAGGAGAGAAG